AUGCGUGCCUCCGCGAUUCUUGCCCUUGGCUGCUAUGCAGCUUUCGCUACCGCAGACGACACUGAGGCCGAGCCCUCAUCAACGAGCACAUCCGUCGAGCUUCCGACAUUUACAGUAAGUCGAGCCAGAAGUACGAGCAUCGACCACAGAGCUCAAGCUGACGGCCACAUCAGCCCACCUCUUUGAAGGCGCCCUUCCUCGAGCAGUUUACCGACGGGUGGGACAGCCGAUGGAAGCACUCCAAUGCAAAGAAGGAGAACACCGAAGAGGAAUGGCAGUUCGUUGGCAAGUGGGAGGUCGAAGAGCCCACUGUUUACAAGGGCAUCGAAGGCGACAAGGGUCUCGUCCUCAAGGAUAAGGCUGCUCACCACGCCAUUUCAGCCCAUUUCGACAAGCCAAUCGACAACAAGGGCAAGACCCUCGUUGUACAAUAUGAGGUCAAGCUUCAGAAGUUCCUCGAAUGUGGUGGAGCCUACAUGAAGCUUCUCCAGAACAACAAGGCCUUGAAGUCCGAGGAGUUCUCCAACGCCUCUCCUUACAUGAUCAUGUUUGGUCCCGACAAGUGCGGAGCCACCAACAAGGUCCACUUCAUUUUCCGUCACAAGAACCCGAAGACCGGCGAGUACGAGGAGAAGCACAUGAACGCCGCUCCAUCUGCCGAGAUCAACAAGCUCACCAACCUGUACACUCUUAUCGUUCGCCCAGACCAGACCUUCGAGGUUCUGAUCAACGACAAGUCUGCGAAGAACGGCUCUCUCCUUGAGGACUUCACCCCAGCUGUCGCUCCCCCCAAGGAGAUUGAUGACCCCAAGGACAAGAAGCCAGACACCUGGGUUGACGAGCCCAAAAUCCGCGACCCAGAGGCGAAGAAGCCCGAAGACUGGGACGAGGAUGCGCCAUACGAGAUUGUUGACGAGUCUGCUGAGAAGCCCGAGGACUGGCUCGAGAACGAGGCAAAGACCGUUCCUGACCCAGAAGCCGUGAAGCCAGAGGACUGGGAUGACGAGGAAGACGGUGACUGGAUCGCUCCUCAGGUUCCAAACCCCAAGUGUGACGAGGUGUCUGGUUGUGGCCCAUGGGAGAAGCCAAAGAUUAAGAACCCAGCCUACAAGGGCAAGUGGUCCGCUCCUCUCAUUGACAACCCAGCCUACAAGGGCGAGUGGGCCCCUCGCAAGAUUGCCAACCCAGACUACUUCGAGGACAAGACCCCGUCUAACUUCGAGCCGAUUGGCGCUGUAAGUUCCCGACCGCGUGCUUCUUGUUUGCAACACUCGUACUGACGAUUGAUCCGCAGAUCGGAUUCGAGCUUUGGACCAUGAACGAGGACAUCCUCUUCGACAACAUCUACAUUGGUCACUCUGUCGAGGACGCCGCCGCUUUCCGCAAGGAGACUUUCGACGUCAAGAAGCCAAAGGAGGAGGAAGUCGAGAAGGCUGAGAACCCAGCUCCCGCUAAGAAGGACGACCCUAAGUCUCCAUUGGACCUUGUCUUCAUGGAUGACCCGCUUCUCUACGUUAAGGAGAAGACCGCCCUUUUCAUCGAGCUCGCCCAAAAGAACCCGAUCGACGCCAUCAAGUUUGUCCCUGAGGUCGCCGGUGUCAUUGGCGUCGGUCUCGUCACCCUCCUCGUCCUUCUCUUUGGUGGUGGCGCCGCGGCUGCACAGAACGCUCCCAGUCAAGAACAGGUCAAGGCCAAGGCUCAGCAGGCCAAGGACCAGGCUCAAAAGACGAAGGAGCAGGUCGCCGAUGCGGUCGCAAGUGGAGCUGAGAGUGCCAAGGAGGAGGUUAACAAGAGGACGACCAGAAGCUCUGCGCAGUAA